CGGGCCUGCCCCUCCUCCUGAGCUUGUGUGCCACCGUUCUGACAGAAGUAUGGCCGGUGUAAGUUUACGUGAAAACGCUCAAUCAUAGUGCAGUAUGUGUUACGUUGGCCUGCCAUGGCAUAGUAGUCAAACUCCAGUGUACAAUAUAAAAGAAGAGACACUAGUCCAUCACUCCUACAUUCAUACAACCUCCUGUGCCAUCCAAAACUUGCGACUCAAGGUUUUAACAUUAUUUGCAAAGGUAAGGUUGCUCAACGCUUAGUAGAUUCAAGAUCAGAACACCAGCUUACCAUGGAUAUACGUUCAAGGCCUAAAUCGUCACUGAACGCCCCCAGGUUGAUGCCGUCUUCAACGUCAGGGCAUGCCUCGGAUCAAGACUCAAUGAGAUCAGGCCUGCAAUCAUGUCUCGAGCACCUUGACCGAGUUCAUGAUAGGAUGAACUGUGUUUACCAGGAAGUCCUGGAAAUCCGCGCCCAAAUUACAGGGCUUCUUCGCACCUGUCAAUCGGAAAUUACCAUGGGGGAUGAGGGCAUGUUGGAUAGCAGCAUGGGUCUCCAGGCAAUCGUCGAGAAUGAGCCUCAGACUAUCGUGCCAAUUGCGCAGGACGGGCUACAUGCUGUUUCACCGUCAUUGAUUACACCAGUGCUCCCUAUCUCGGCAGAGCAAUCAGCAUUCCAAAACCAGCCUUUGAACCUAGAGUAUGGUCCUUCAGGGUUUAAUACCCUGCCAGACCUUCCUGACGAUAACGUUCCCCAAGACCUGUUGCUCAGUGGAACCUCUGGUGUUGUCGUCAGCCAUGGGCUCGAUGCACCCGGGUUCCUGCCUUGGUCCUCUGAUGCGAAGACCUUGUCCAAGUCUUCAGGAAGUCACGACCAACAGGAACCUCUUUCUAUUUCGAAGGGCAGUCAAAAUAGAGUGAUUUGUACCUGGCCUGGAUGCUCAAGAGCCGUCAACCAGGAUAACCUCACUCGUCAUGUGAAUGAGGUGCAUUGGCGGAAGGUCAAGGCUGCCUGCGCUCACUGUGGAAAGGGAUUCGCGCGCCCAUACAUGCUAAGGGACCAUAUCUGUCAGGGAAAAUGUAGAAAGUCAUAGAUAUUUUGCUAUACAUAUUACUCAACCCCGAAUUGCACUACUUCGAAUUUUGACAAAUCCCCAUGAUAUGGAGUCCUCUCGUACGGGCUGGAGGGAGAGCAUAGCGCUGAGUUGAAGCUUGCCGGUGAUGUCGAUGAUCUGUGAUCUUGUGGCCCACGGUGAUACUCAACCCCAAAAUGCACGUGGCUGAGGAAGGAAUGUGAUUUGCCGAAUUUAUUGAUCAUUUCAAUUAGCGGUCGAGUUGAAAAAGUGUUUGGACAGAGAGUACUCG